AUGUUACCUUCAAUAAUAUCGUUUCACUUGUCAAGUAUCAGUACAGAAUGAGAAGCACAGUCCCAGGACAAAAUGUGUCCAGCUCCUACUCAAGUUAUGUCAUACUCGACGGCAUUCCGCUACCUCCCAGUGCUCCCAAAUCUUUCGAAGUGCUGAACAUCACCGCCACGUCCGCAAGCAUCAGCUGGAAGUCGCCAGCUUCUCAGAAUGGCGUGUCUUCUGGCUACCAUGUGAUGGUAACGCCGAACAUGCCGAGCAAGUUCACGAAGAUACAGAAUAUCACUGUUGGCGCUAAGCUGAAAAAAUUUCUCAUAACAGACUUGGCGCCCUGCAACGAGUACAACAUAUCCUUAGCCGGUAUCACAAAGCCGGACUCGGAGAACGCUGGAGGCGGAGAGGGAAUGGCCCUGGAGCUGACGAUAACCACAUCCACUGCGGGUAAGUUGCCC